CUCUUCAUCCCUUCCGCGGAGUCCUCCUUGACAAUCCCCAUUGUCUCUCGGCCUGACGGUAGUACCCCGACCGGGAAGACUGUCAUUGCUUCCACCGACUCCGCCACGCUUUCCGCGGCGACCAAGGAGGUCGAACGGCCCGGUCAUCCCCAGUCACCGUCCGACUCCGCCCUCGCGGCUCAUCCCAGUCUUGGACAGCAGAUGGUGCAAAAGGCCACCGCCGCCAUCGUCAUUCUCUCGUCGCUGAUUGCGUAUGUCACCGUCAACAGUGCGGUCCGCGCCGUCAACCCGCGCGCAUUUGUCUGGUCGGCCGAAGAUAACGACGAGAAGCACUGGAUCGCGUCCUCCCCCUCCUGGCUGGACCGGAAAGCUUGUCGCUGGCUCGGCCUUUGCGGGACCGCUCAUUUCCACCCCGCUGGUCCCCGUUUCGGCCAGCGGGGCCCCUCGUCAGCGGACGAGGAAGAUGACACUGAGCCGUGGCGAUCGUAUUGGUGGAAUGGGACAGACGCUGUUGACGAGACGUGGGACGAGACGGAACGCUCCCGUCGCCUCAUCCCCGAUUAUGUCUUCCGGUAUGCGCCUCUCGUCCAUCUGUUCUCGGACGAGCAAUUCUGGCCGGGCGAUAUCGCGGAGCAUCUCUACCACGUCACCCCGACGCUGAACUAUACUCCCAUUCAGUCCCAAGAGCAGCACCCCUCUCUGGAGGACCUGGAUGAGUUGAAUCAGUGGCAGGAUGGUUAUCCUGUGUUCCUGACCAGCAAUGACAACGUGGAGGACCGUCCUCCCUGGAUGGAAGGCGAGAAGAAUAUCCCAAGAAGCCCCAGCGGUGAUGUCGAACAAUCUUGGGCGGAUUGGGAUGGCCGCGUUGACGGAGGAAUCCCGGACGAUACCCCCGAGGAGCGGGCGAAAUGGUAUGACGCGGCACAACUAGCGGACGAGGACCUCGACGGUAUGUCCCCGGAUGCGCUUGGCUACCCUCAGCCAGAAGACAUCCUCAAUUUCAAGGAUGACGAGAUUGUGCGUGAUGAGCUUCGAAAGCGGUAUGGCGGGGAACCAAUUCAUGCCGAGACAUCCAAGGGCCGCAGUGAUGCACCGGCCAUCCUGCUGGUGAUGGACAAGGGGAACGGCAUCAUCGACGCCUUCUGGUUCUUUUUCUACAGUUUCAAUCUCGGGAAUGUGGUUUUGAACGUACGGUUUGGAAACCACAUUGGGGACUGGGAACACUGUCUGGUCCGAUUCCACCACGGAAAGCCCAAGGCACUCUUCUUCAGUGCACACUCGGCAGGGGAGGCGUAUAGCUACGAAGCCGUUGAGAAGAUCGGCGAACGGCCGGUCAUCUACUCUGCCACGGGGACCCAUGCCAUGUAUGCCACCCCAGGCAUUCACUCCUACAUCCUGCCCUGGGGGCUGCUCCACGACCAGACCGAUCGUGGGCCGCUGUGGGAUCCCCUUCUGAAUUCUCACUCGUACACGUAUGACUUUGGCGAGGAUAACUUGCGCGCUUCCACGACCACCCCGUCUUCCCCGACGGGAUGGUUCUACUUCCAGGGGCACUGGGGUGAUAAGUUCUACCCGCUUGGUGACCAGCGACAAUAUCGGUUCGCAGGACAGUACCAUUACGUGAAUGGGCCCAUGGGGCCCCGGUUCAAGCACCUCAAUCGUCGCAAGGUCUGCCAGGGACCGGAUACGAGUCCAUGCGUGAUCAAGGAUUAUGUUGGGGAGCAUAAACGGGCCAAGCGUUGGGUCAACCCUGACCCCGCAGAAUACCUCUCAUAGAGAGGGUAAUGUGUCUUACGAUAUUCUUAGACCGCAUGCUGCAGUUCUAAUUCCAGUACGCCGCCGUCAUACCCUUCCUAAAUUUGUCGGGCCUCGUCUGGUAUUAUUUCCUUUGGCUGGCCUACUUUCAUAGGACUGGGUCUUCUGUUUUGGCUUGCUUAUUGGUGCUAUUUUUAUGUCGGGUAUACCCCAUGAGCUUUUGUUUUUCUUUCUUUCUUUUUUACUGCUCUAUCCUUUCUUCCAUUCUUAUCGCCUAGAUGGCUAGUUGGCUGGGAGGUAGUUGGAGAACGAACGGCUAUGACAGAAACGCGAUACAUGAUCAAUUCUAUGUGCAGGGUGAUGGAAAGAGCUUUCUCUACUAGGUGAGUGCUCUUAAGAUUGUCGGGGCGGGUUCGUGCUUCUCCCGUCUCUCUUAGUAGGAAGGCAAUAAUGGCGUUUUGGAGAUACGGUGUUCAAUGUGAAGACUUUGAAUGAUGAUUUUGGAAACUACAUCAACG